UUUAUUCCCACACAAACCUAAAUAAAAUAUCCAAUUUGCACCUCAAAGUGCCUUUGCAAGGGUAAACAGUGAAUUUGUGCGCCCCUUUUAUCAAUUCCUCAUUAAAAAAGGCUCCUAAAACUUAAUCAAAGAUGCCUCGUGCCGAAGUGGGUACCCCAAAGUACCUGGCGAACAAAAUGAAGGCCAAGGGGCUCCAAAAGUUACGCUGGUACUGCCAGAUGUGCCAGAAACAGUGCCGAGACGAAAACGGCUUCAAAUGCCAUACAAUGAGCGAGUCCCAUCAGAGGCAACUCUUACUAUUCGCCGACAAUUCCAAGAGGUACAUCGAUGACUUCUCCUUCGACUUUGCCAAGGGCUAUAUUGGCAUUUUAAAGAGACAGUUCGGCAGUAAAAGGGUGAACGCGAACAGGGUGUAUCAGGAAUACAUUUCCGAUAAGGACCAUGUGCAUAUGAACGGUACCAGAUGGGUUACGCUGACUGGGUUCGUAAAAUGGCUAGGGAAAACUGGGCAGGCGGUGGUGGACGAAACCGAGAAAGGUUGGUUCAUCACUUAUAUAGACCGGAGCCCUGAGACAGUCCAAAAAGAGGAACGCAAAAAGAGAAAAGAGAAAAUGGAGAAGAAUGACGAGGAGAGAACCAUGGAGUUCAUCGAGAGGCAAAUAAAAAAGGGGCUGGAGUCCGCCGGCCCCAUCCCUGAACCGGUUUACACGGAAUUCGUUAGGGAACACGAAGACGAACUGAUUAAGCUGGACCUAAACUGGAAACCGGAAAAAAAGGUGCUCCCUAUUGCCGACCAAGUGUUCAAAAAACCCGCCACCGUAACCAGCACGAGCAACAAACCAAACCCAAACAAAAGAAAAAAAACUGCCCUGGAUGAACUGAUCGAAGAAGAGGAAAAAGCCAAAGAACAAAAGAAACGCAAAGACUAUUGGCUCACCGAGAACAUUGUCGUUAAAGUGAUAACCAAAUCGUUGGGGGAGGAGUUUUACAAGCAAAAAGGGGUGGUGCGCGAGGUCAUCGAUAAAUAUGGGGCGGUGAUUAAACUGUUCGACAACGGGAAGAAACUGAAACUGGACCAGGAACAUGUGGAGACGGUUAUACCGGCCCUCGGGAUGCCCGUGCGGAUAGUUAACGGGGCCUAUGCCGGCGAAGUUGCCACGUUGCUCAGCUUGGACGAGAAGAAUUUCUGCGUUAAUGUGGAAAUCGCCAGGGGGGUGCUGCAGGGCAGGAGGGUCGACGGGGUACAAUACGAGGACGUCUGUAAAAUUUAUGAGAGUUAGAUGAUAAAUAAAUGUAUUAAAUUUG